AUGGGAAGUGAGCUGUGUUCUGAAUUUGGUGUGGAAACAAAUUAUGAUGCUUUUCUUUCCUUUUACAUUUUGCAGUUGCUGCUGCGUUUUGAUUGUUGUCUCCCCCCCCCCUCCCCGUACAUUGUCAAGCAAUUAGUACGUAGGGUCUUCUUCAAGAUGAAGUUUAGACUGCGGUUACCAAACAGUUCGGAGUCGGUGCCGUUUGAAUCAGAAGAGUCGACCCCGUGGGUCGUUUUUUUGUGCGGUGUGGAAAAUCGCUCAGGCAUCGUAAAGGAGCGGCUGCGUAUUCUCGCUGGCUACCCGCCUCGAGUAGUCACUGCGGCGGAUACGGACUUGGUGGGGUCCCGGCUUAGGCAUGGCGAUACACUCAUUGUGCAGGAGGGGGAGGCAACGGUGGUGCGGGGUGUCACGAACGGGCGGUACGUUCCUCCCGCCAGUGACAGGUGGCACUUUGUUCGCCGUAUUUGUCCGUCCGACAACUCGUGUUUGUUCCAUGCUGCAGCGUAUGUACUUCGGGACAAGAGUCGCACGGACGGACCCAAGUUACGCGAUGAAUGCGCUAACGCUGUUCUGGCGGAUCCCGGUUACUUUACCGAGUUGCUACUGGAAAAGCCGAACCAUGAGUAUGCAGAGUGGAUAAGGCGUCCCACGUCAUGGGGCGGGGCUAUUGAGUUGAUGAUCUUGAGCUUUACGGAGCAAACGGAGAUUGUAACGCUGGAUUUAGAAUCGACUCGGAUGGAGCGUUUUGGACAGGGCAUGGGCUACACUGUUCGUGCGUUUGUUGUGUAUACAGGACGGCACUACGACGCCAUCGCCAUGAACCCAACUUACAACUCGCCCAGGGAAAGUGAGGAUCAGGUGCUGUUUAAUCUGCGUGAUGAAAGCGUUGUUUCUAGAGCUGAGCGUUUUGUGUUAGAAGAGUCGGAGAGAAUGAAACGCUGA